AUGUCGCGGUUUUUCGUUCGAUAUAAAUGUUAUAAAAAUGGCUGUUCAACAGCUGAUCAGACUUGGCAACAAUUACAAUUACAUGAUUAUUAUGUUUGGGUUAUCUUUGGCGGAUAUCUGUAUGUGAAAUCAACAUGGCCAAUAACCAAGAGGAAUGCCUUAAGUUACGCUAAUGUGGCUACAAAAGAAGACGAACAAAAAAAUUAUCAAGUAGCAGCCGAAAAUUAUUUAUCCGCUGCGGAAUGGCUUCUAAGAGCAAGAAAACUUGUAACUAAUGCUGAAAAAAAAGUCCGGUUGCUUGAAGCAGCUGAACGUUAUAUUGAUCGUGCUGAAAAAAUUAAAAAUAUGCUCGAUAACAAUGAAAACAAAAAGGAAGGUAUCACUAAAGAUGAUUCUGAUGGAAACAAAAAGAAACCUAUCGCUGAAGAUGAUUCUGAUGGAAAUAAAAAGAGUGAACAAGACGACGAAGUUGAUCCAGACCGAAAAAAGAUGAUGCAACGAUUUGCAGGUUCAAUUAUUACUGAUCCAAAAGUUACAUUUACAGAUGUCGUCGGUUUAGAUCAAGCUAAAGAAGCCCUCAAAGAAGCUGUUAUACUACCAAUUAAAUUUCCGAAAUUGUUUACCGGUAAUAGAAGGCCGUGGGCUGGAAUAUUACUUUACGGACCACCUGGUACUGGAAAAUCGUAUCUAGCUAAAGCAAUCGCAACUGAAUGUAAAAGUACAUUUAUAUCUGUCAGUUCAGCCGAUUUAUUAUCGAAAUGGCUUGGUGAAAGUGAAAAAGCUGUUCGAUUUUUAUUUGAAUUAGCACGUGAAAGAAAACCAGCGAUUGUAUUUAUUGACGAAAUUGAUGCGCUUUGUUCAUCAAGAUCGGAAAACGAAUCAGAAGCUUCUAGACGUAUCAAAACAGAAUUUCUCAUACAAAUGCAAGGAAUUGGAAACAAUAAUGAAGGGGUGUUAAUACUUGCAGCCACUAACAUUCCAUGGGUACUUGAUUCAGCUAUUCGACGACGAUUUGAAAAACGGAUAUACAUACCACUACCGGAUGCAUCAGCACGUUUAUCAAUGUUCAAAAUGCGUAUUGGACGAAAUACCCCUCACACAAUAAAAGAAAACGAAUGGAAAAUAUUAUCCGAAAAAUCAGAAAAUUAUUCUGGAGCAGAUAUUGCAGUAGUUGUACGAGAAGCGUUAUUGAGCCCAAUUCGACGUCUACAACAAUCAACACAUUUUAAACGAGUUAAAAAUCCAAACGCAGGCGGACCAGAUUUAUGGGCAACAUGCUCUCCAGCAGAUCCACUAGCCGAAGAACUUACACUAGACAAAAUUGAAGGAGAUAAAUUAUGUGAACCACCAGUCACAAUGAACGAUAUGAUGGCUGCUUUAUCGACGCAAAAAGCAACUGUUGGAGCUAAAGAUUUAAAACAACAUGAAAAGUUUACAGACGAGUAUGGUCAAGAAGGUAGCUAA